AUGGCCUGCACGCCGCCGCCUCCUGUCGUUGUCGAGCCGCCUCCGCCUCCUCCGCCCGUCAUCUGCGAGCCCCUACCGCCACCGCCGCCACCAGUGUGCCCCCCCUCCCCAGAGCCCGGCAUCGAAGUCAUAGCCGUCGACGUCGACCCUGUCGAGAAGAAGCGCCGCCGUCGCAGGUCCCACUCGCGCCACAGCGGGAGUCACUCGCGCGAAGUCUACAUUGAGCGCGAGAAGAUUGUUCCCGUCCGCGUGCCCGUCCCCGUUCCACAGCCGCAACAGCCCGAAUACGAAACAUUUCGCUACGUCGACGCGCCGAGGCGGUCGCCGCCUCGGAUCAUGCCUGCGCCGCCGAGAGAAGAGCGCGAAGAGGACCGCAUGCGCAUCAUGAUUCACGACAGGCGGCGUGAGAGAGAAUACGUCGACGAUGGGUAUCAGGGCAGUGGGAGCGACCGUGGCUGUCAAGUGUCGCGCUCGUCAUCCGCCUGUCUCGCAAUCCGUCGCAGCGGCACGCCCUCCUCAACCCUCAGCAUUCGCCCCAGUCCAUCUCUAUUGUCCACGAGCCUCACCAUCCUCUCCCUUGUCGUGUCUUCCAUACGCGACAUGUCCAUCAUCACCGCCACUUUGCUCUCUGGGAGUUCCAGACUCUGGGAGCACCACCGGCACCUGCACGUUCUGCCACCGCGUCUCCCGCCUCGUGCGCCACGCCACGACAAUGCAGAAGACGGCUCUGAGAAGGAGUAG